UUGUGAUGUGUCGGAACCAGGAAGUAGGACUACAAAAAGGCAGCUCGACACGGUUCGAGUUACACUUUUUUCUAGAGUCUCUGCUUGCGUGUCGGUAUUAAUGGCAUGUAAAGCGGGAAACAACUUCUCUGGGACUCGGACGCACGCACAACUGAGCAACAAUGGGCGACGGUGAGUCGUUUAAAAAGUAAGCAUGGUGUUCAAACUGUACUGUCUGACGGUGAUGACAGUGUUGGCCGCCACAUACGCGGUGGUUGUGCGGUACACGCGGACCGCCUCAUCAGGUGACCUGUACUUCUCCACCACGGCCGUGUGCAUCACAGAGGUCUUUAAGUUACUACUCAGCACUGGUCUGCUGGCAAGAGAAUCAGGAAGCCUAAAGAAGCUGGUGGGCAUCCUCAAGAGGCAUGUGUUCUGCAACCCCAGAGAGCUGCUGACACUGAGCGUAUCCUCGGUAGUGUACGCCAUCCAGAAUAACAUGGCCUUCCUGGCGUUGAGUAAUCUUGAUGCCGCAGUUCAUCAGGUGACGUAUCAGCUGAAGAUCCCGUGCACGGCGCUCUGCAUGAUCCUAAUGCUGAGGCGCACUCUCAGCAGGUUGCAGUGGUUCGCUAUCGCCAUGCUCUGUGGAGGCGUCAUGCUCGUGCAAUGGAAGCCUAUACAGGCCACUAAAGUCCCGGUUGAGCAAAACCCUUUUGUUGGCUUCAUAGCCAUUGCUAUUGCGGUCCUUUGCUCUGGGUUUGCAGGUGUGUACUUCGAGAAGGUCCUGAAGAGCUCCGACACAUCCUUGUGGGUGAGAAACAUCCAGAUGUACAUAUCUGGCAUCGUGAUCACCAUGCUGGCCGUGCUACUGAACGACGGCCAGAAGGUCGUGGAGAAAGGCUUCUUCUUCGGUUACACGCCCUAUGUGUGCUUUGUCAUAUUCCUGGCCAGCGUAGGAGGUCUGUACACGUCCGCCGUGGUGAAAUACACCGACAACAUCAUGAAGAGCUUCUCUGCCGCCGCCGCCAUCGUUCUGUCCACCGUGGCGUCCCGAAUCUUUUUUGGACUGCACAUAACGACCACAUUUGCAUCGGGAGCCAUCUUGGUGUGCGUGUCCAUCUAUCUGUACGGCCUUCCAAAGCAGGACACGACCAAGCUGAGUGUGGAGGACAGCGAGCAGAAGUCUAAACAGAAAUUAGUGUGUGAGACCCUGAUCGAGCGAGGAGGAUGAAGUAUCCAAGUUGUCAAUCUCCAGGUUGAUGUCAUCUGCAAGAAGCAGCAAGCUGGGGUGGAUGUACAAGUUUGCUACUGAGGAAAGCCAGCGUUAAAGGAGGGCCGAGUCAUCCUGGAGAAGGUGCUGGUGAGGGAGUGCGAGGGUUUCGAGCACAUACCCACGGACACCUCUUGAAAAGUAACGCGGGUUGUUAGCGUUACAGUCGCGCAAAGUAUGCGCGUACCACAGCUCUGCCUCUGACCGCAGAAAGGUGUGUAACAACAUUGCUUGCAACAUUGUGAUGUUCAAUAUGGUGCCAUAGAAUCAGGAUGGAGGGUGCAUUCAUGCAGCUGGGUUGCAUACUCGCUUUGGCCAGUUUUGACUCUUAAGUCUAAUGAAGUGAGGGGAAGAUUAUCAUUUACACAUUCCUUCAGUGUGUUGCCAGGCUUGCAACUAUUUCAUUUUCAUACAUAAAAUAUGUUGUCAACUAUUGUUGAUUGGUUUUAUACAUACAUACAUACAUACAUACAUACAGGAUGAUUAGUGCACUUUGGUUCCAAGGGUUAAAACUUCCCAGCUGAUAUUUAAACUGUUACCUCUUUUGCUUCGGCUUUAAGGCUGCUCAAAUGUAAAUUGUGUUGUUUUAAUGUAUCAUUUGGAAAAUAAAUACAUACCACAUUUUU